AUGAGUCAUUAGAAUGCAAAAAACUUAAGAGAUUUACUUAUAAAAUAAUAACUUAAUAGUAAAAUUAAAUUUAAAGGGGAACCUGUUAAUAAAAUUCAACUAAAUAUUAAGUAAUCAGGUAAUUGGGAUAAAAAAGUAGAUAUAACCUAAUGUUAUUGUAAUUAAAAGAACUGCAAUAUUUGUGGAAAGAAAAGAGUUGUAAUUAAUGCAUCACCUUUACUUAAGGUAAAGGUAAGCACAAAAAACCAAGUAUGCGAACCUGAUAGUAAAAGAGAGUUCAAAGUCACUAGCUCAGUUUCAGCACAUCAAUCCCCUAAUCGUGAAAAACAAUAUCAAAUGCAAUAAACUUUUUUAUAAAAACAAAUUUAGAGUCAUCUGCAGCAACUCUAAGAAUCACGUCCUUAAUCAAGACAAGUACCUAAAGACAAUAAACCAUAAUUUUAUCAAAACAUGGACAAUUUUUUAAAUAAUUACUAUCAAAAAAGCAAUUUAAGCAGCUCAUAGUUAUAUUAAAAUAGUUUUAGCGUGAAAUCAAAGGUAAUUCCAAAAAGAAUUGAAUCCAAAAGUCAUGUCUUAAGUAAUACUCAAACUUCGUUUAAAUUGAAAUUAAAUUAAUAAGGACCCAAAUUUUCAGUUAUAAUCAAUUCUGGAUUGGUAGAAUCAGCUCCAAAUUCUCCAAAAAAUAAUGAAAAUUCAAAUAAAGGCAAAAUAACUCCUAAUGAUUCAAUGACAAAAAGCAAAGUUAAUUAGAACGAAUCUAAAUUAAGUGAUAUCAGAAGAAAAUCUACAGGUGAGAUAUCAGAAAAAACUUAAGUUUUAAGUUAGAAGAUAGAAGAACAAGUAAAUAGAGUGCAUUUUAAAUUUCUGUAUGUAAUUGGUAAAGGUGGAUUUGGAAGAGUUUGGAGAGUAGAAAUGAAAAGGAAUAAAAAAUUGUAUGCACUAAAAGAAAUGUCAAAGGCUAAAGUAAUCUAAAAAAGAAGUGUUAAUUCGGUUUUAAAUGAGAAAUACUUAUUAGAGCAUCUACAUCAUCCCUUUUUAGUUAAUAUGUGGUAUGCAUUUUAAGAUAGGGAAAAUCUGUUUUUGAUUAUUGAUUUAUUGACUGGAGGAGAUCUUAGAUUUCAUCUAGGAAAAAUGAGAAGAUUUAGUGAAGCUUAAACUAAAUUCUUCGUGGCUUGCAUAUUAUUGGCGUUAACUUAUUUGCAUUAAAAUGGGAUUAUCCAUAGAGAUUUGAAACCUGAAAACUUGGUAUUAGACGAGGAUGGAUAUAUGAGAUUAACAGAUUUAGGAAUAGCUAGAAUGAAUAAAGGAAAUAAUGCUGGAGAUACAUCAGGAACACCUGGAUAUAUGGCACCUGAGGUAAUGUGUAGAAUGGAUCAUUCAGUUGUGGUUGAUUAUUAUGCACUAGGUGUCAUAACAUAUGAAUUGAUGCUUGGAAGAAGACCUUACAAUGGUAGAACUAGAUAAGAUAUCAGAGAAUAAAUUCUAGCGAAAUAAGUUCAAGUUAAAAGGGAAGAGUUGCCGAUAGGUUGGAGUGAGAGUUCCCUUGAUUUUGUAAAUUAGUUAAUAUUGAGAAAGCCAGAAAGAAGACUUGGGAGUAACGGGAUUGAAGAGAUUUUGCAUCAUUCUUGGUUGAAAGGGUUUCCUUGGGAUGAUUUAUUAAAAAAGAAAGUUUAAGCUCUUUAUGUUCCAGGGGCUGUUGAUGAUAAUUUCGAUUUUCAGAAUUAAAUAUCAGAAGAGACUCAAUUGAAUGAAGAAUAGCUAAUGGAGAAUCAGGGACUAUUAAGGAGGGAUACUGUGUAAUCUUUGUUUGAUGGGUAUAGUUUUGAUGUUGAAUUAAAAAACAUUUAACAUUAAUAAACAUAAAAGAAUUACACUUAAAGGAAAUCACAACCUGUUUCUCCAGAGAAAAGAGGAUGA